GCCGUCAUGAAAGCUCAGAAGAUGCUUUUGCAUAGCCGCGUGCGCGCGCGCGAGCGAGCGGGCCCUAACAUGACAGGCUCUUCAGCGAUAGGGAAGUAACGGCUAGCUGCGCAGCUGAACUCUAAAUCACUUCCUGAAAAACCAUACCGCCCACAAAAAGAACUGCGUGGCUUUGUGACUGAAGGAGGUGGAGGCAGAGGAAAAAACUGACACGUGGAUUAUCCCUCCCAGGGCAUCGGGACAAGCCGAAACAGACUCCCUCUGUUUCUGUAUCAAGCUUAGUUUUGCGACCGUUGUUGCAUGUGUCCCGACAGACGGUGAAAUAACCGGAGGGGAGGCUGCCGUCACCACCUCGCAUUGAAUGGCAGUAAUUCAAAAACAUGGCAAAAGCUAUAGUCCAGAUCUGGUCUGUCUUAAGGAGAACCAUCCACCGGACAAGACGGGGGUCGCCGGUGGCCACAAGAAGUGCCCUGAACACCACACCAACUGGUCAAGACCUGUGGCGAGGGUGUGGACCGUGGUUUUGCUGCUGGGGACAUGCCUCCUCUACUGUGCCCGUGUGGCGAUGCCCAUCUGUGCUGUGAGCAUGGCGGAGAAGUUCAACUGGACCAAGCGGGAGUCCGGCAUGGUCCUGGGCAGCUUCUUCUGGGGGUACUGCUUCACUCAGGUGUUCGGAGGCUAUGUCAGUGACAGAGUUGGAGGUGAGAAGGUCCUCCUGCUUGCUGCGGCUGCCUGGGGGUCAAUGACAGCGUUCACCCCCAUCCUGGCCCACCUUUGCUCCCAGCCAAUCCUGUCAAUGACACUGGCUCGUUUCCUCAUGGGGCUGCUGCAAGGGGUCCAUUAUCCUUCUCUAGCAAGCCUCUGCUCACAAAAGGUGGUGGAAAGUGAAAGAGGCUUCCUCAUGAGCACUGUGGGUAGUGGCUCCUACUUGGGCACUCUGCUGAUUGGAGGGGCUGGCUCCCUCAUGCUGGAUCUUUACGGCUGGGAGAGUGUUUUCUACAUCUCUGGUUUCAUGUCUGUCCUCUGGGCCUACUGUAUGUGGAAAUAUUUGCUCAAAGGCGAAGGACCUCUCAUCAGCCUGGAGUCUCUUGGCAGUGGUGGUUCACAGUCAAAACUUACCAAACGACAUUGGUUACGGCUCUUUAAACAGCGUGCAGUCUGGGCCGUCAUAGUGACGCACCUUUGCACAGCCAGCACUUACUUCACUCUUUUGUCAUGGUUACCGACGUUCUUUAAAGAAAGCUUCCCUGAUGCCAAGGGUUGGGUGUUCAACGUCAUUCCGUGGUUAGUGGCCAUACCUUCAUCUCUCUUCAGCGGCUGUUUAUCUGACCACCUCAUUAGUCAAGGUGUUGACACAGUGUCGGUGAGAAAAUUGAUGCAGUUUUUCUCCAUGGGUGUGUCUAGUGUGUUUACCUUCCUUUUAUGUGGCAACACUACCUUCCUGUGGGCUGUGGCAUUUGUGUCAGCUACCAUGGGCCUCACCACCUUCAGUCACAGUGGUGUUUCUGUUAAUGUUCAAGAUCUGGCCCCCUCCUGUGCUGGAUCUCUGUUUGGUGUUAUGAAUACAUGUGGUGCCUUCUCAGGAGUCAUAAUGGUGUAUUUCUCGGGCUAUCUCAUCGAAGCCACAGGCUCGUGGGCGUCCGUUUUUGCCCUGAUUACUACAGUCAACUUGUUGGGCCUGUUUACCUUCCUGGCAUUUGCAGAAGCCCGCAGAGUGGACAUCGACUCCAGUAAGAUCCGUCACCACAACAUCCACAUCUAAAUCCUCAUCGAUCAAUGGGACCAGCGUGUCAUUCCCAAAGGAAGUGGGACUUCAGGCAAUCAGCACCCAGACGAUUAUCCAUUUUCUUUGGGUAGGAAGCAGCUCAUGCCUGGGACCUGCAGACACUCAAAAUUGCUCAAGAAAUUCUUGCAGAAGUUACUGAAAAGCACAUGAUGUAUUGCACAACGUUACUGAAAAGUCAUGAUGGUUACAGCAGCUCUGGGUCAUGAAGGAGACAUUUAGAAGAAGUUGUUAAGGAAAGCUUGCACAGUAGUGAAACAGCUGCAGAUCAGUCAGUACUUCUUAAGUGGUUUUAGCUCAGAACAGUCGCCUAGAAUGAGCUUUCAUUGGUUUGGUUGAGAACCAUAGGAGGGGAAUCUAUUUAUUGACCAAAGUGUGUUUAACGCCUCUGCAGUAAAUGGUUAUCUACAUCCUUGGAGUUAAUCAACAUGUUGCUUCCCCCCCCAGCACUUGACAACUUACUGUUUGGAAAUAAGGAGUUUUUAUUGGCUUUCUGUUAUCACCAACUUAUCUUCAUCUUCCCGGAUUGAUGACAUUGAAACCCAUUCAAAACUUCCCUCCUAACAGGAUUUACCUGGCCGUGUCACGCCAACAUUCACUGGCUUCAUUUCAAGUUUUUUUUAAAGCACUUCUAAUGAAAGGUGUGUGCUUUGAAGGUGCUGUGUGAGCCUCGAUAGGUGUGUGGCAGCUCCGACAGACAAAGGUGGUUUGUUCCUCUUACUUCGAAGGGAUGGGGGAGGUGGGACAGGGCAACUCAAGGAGAGUCCAACCUCCACGACCUGAAAUCUUUCAUUAGUGCUCCCCUCUCUCCCUUCCCUGCAAAAGAAAAAAAAGUCUGAAUGACACCUCAUUACCUUGCAACUAAUUAGUUGGCAGACGCUUUAAUAGCCUAUAUGAUUCCUUUUUUUUUGUAGUCCUUUUGUACCAUGCUCCGUUUCCUUGGUUACGAUCUUAUUUCAUUAUUUAUGACAAAUCACGAGGAACAAUAUGGUAGCACAACCUUAUCUGAAUGGAUCUGUGAUGUCCUAAGUAAUGUUUUUGUAAUUUACAAGACCAAAGGUUUUACUUUUUUUUAUUAUUAUCUGUCUUACUUUCUUUUCCUUCAUGAAUUAGAAAAAAAGUUUUAUAUUUAUAUGGCCUCAUUAAUUUUCAAAAAGGUUUGGGGUGAAUAAAUGCCUAUUUGUAUAAUAAACCUAAAAUACAUGUAAUAUAAUUCAAUGUAAAUAUGUUAUCAUAAAGGAAUUAUAUAUUUAUAUAAUUAGAUAGAAUAACAAUAUUUUAUUUAAAUGCAGGAUCAAUAUUAAAACACAUUCUAAUCUGUUAAAACCUUGAAAUGUUGCACUAAAGUGAAACCUGAUUUCAAAUUAGCAACAUGCUUACCUAGACAUCGAAUUAGUACAUAAUUGUUACAAAAAUAGUGCUUAUAAUGUGUUAUUUUUUGAUCAUUGUACUUUUUUUGCCUUUGUUUCAUGUAUCUAAAAUGAGAGCCACAUUUUCGUUAUUUUUAUUUUUUUACAUUUACUGUUUUAUCAUUUUUUUGGUACAUUUUGAACCAAAUUAAGUGCAUCUUCUUGUUACACAAAGGAAUCAGCUUUAAGGAGUAAAAUAUGACUGAACAUUGUUUUCUUUUAGAUUUUUGUAUCUUUAGGUGAUUAUAUAUGUUUAGUAUUUUAUCUAUUUUCAGUUACUCCAACACUUAAAUGCAAGAGUCAUUCUCACUUCACACGUUAGUCAUCUCAAGGUUACAGCAGAUCUUUUGUUAAUUUAUAAACUGUUGUAGCAUUUAAUGUAGCUUUGAGUCUGACAAUGAAAGGAAGUGCUUUUGUGUAGGAAACGGUACAGAUAAGCAUAAUCAGUCUUUGUUUGUUGUUGCUGGAAUUCCCCAACUGGAAUUAAUUCUCAGAAGCUUUUGCAAAUGACAGUAAAUCACAUGUAUACUUUUGUAUUCUGCUCAUUUUUUGUAUGAUUUGCAAACACAAUUGCUUAGUUGCUGUUUUCACUGAGAGUUGCCUGAUACAUACUUUUGAUAACAGAAGGAAGGAAAAAGAGGCUUAAGCAAGAAUAUGCAGUAUUGUAACGCUUACAAAAUAUGCUGUAUUUAAAAUAAAAUCUAUUUUGUCAACA